AUGACGAUCGCCGUGCAGAGCGGGCGGCGGCCCUGGCGCAUUUGGGGAACUGUCGGCCGCCAGUUCCGCGUUGGAGCCGCCCCCCUCGCCCCGGCCACGGUGGAACCACCAGCCACUUUGCGCGACCCAGCCAAGCGCCCGCAGACCCGCCAGGUCCCGCUCCCGGGCUGGCUGGCGGAUUAUGUUGGGCCCGCCCCUUUGGCCGUUGACCCCGCAAAAUUGCGUGCUAAUUUGCAAAGCGCGCGCUGGGGGGCAGCAGCUGGCCCCUCUGGCUUAGUGCGUGUUCGCGAUCUUCUUGUCAUUGCCGCGCAGCGUCUGGCCCAGGCGGACGUGCCGGACGACGUUGCUGCCGGCUUACGUUUGGGGCGUAUGGUGGCGCUGCUCAAGCCCAGCGGGGGCAUUCGCGCCCUGGUCAUGGGCGACGUCUUCCGCCGCUUGGUGUCACGGACGUUGGCUCAGCAGUUCUCCACGCCUUUGCAGGAGGCAUGCGCCCCUUACCAGUACGCCCUUUCCACACGAGCGGGGGCUGAGGCACUUGAGCGAGCACUCCGCGUGGCCACCGACAUGAGCACGUCCACAACAGUUGUCAGUGUGGAUGGAGUCGGGGCUUAUGACCACAUUUCGCGCAAGUGCAUGUUUGAUGGCCUCCUGGCAUCCCCCGCGUUGGUGCCCCUUGUCCCUCUGGUCCGCCUUUUCUACGGCGGCGACAGCGAGUACUUGUUUUAUGACGCGUCGGGCGCUGCCCACGCCGUUCUGCAGUCGGAGGGCGGCGAGCAGGGGGCUGAGGCCUUCCGGUCGGAGCCGCGAGCUGGUUGCAUUGUGCCAAAUGUUUCCACGGCACUGCACGCG